ACCUGCCUUUCUAAUUUCUAUAACCACUUAAUCACUUAUCUUCUCCUACACUUAGCUUGCAACAGAAGGAAAGAAAAUGUUGAAGCUACAGCUUCAUCACCAAACACAUUCUAGAGCUACAACAGCAACAACUAUGGCUCAUCACUUCUUAUUGCCUAAUAAACCAUUCGCUAAUGGAGAUGAACAUGCGUCAAGGUUCCUUUUCAAGUCUUCAAAUUCUCCACUGUUCAGAAAAACACGCAAUUUUUAUACUAUUAGAGCUGCUAAUUUUAUUAACAACAAUACCAUCAAAGCCCAACCACCGAAGCAGUGCAUUAAAGUAAAAGCUGUAGUUACUGUUAAAGAAACCAUUGGUGGGUUUGUCGCAACUAUAAAAGACCUACUUGGCAAAACACUCCACUUAGAGCUUGCUAGUACUGACCUAGAUCCCAAGACGGGACUAGAGAAGCCUACGAUUCAAGGGUUUGCACACCGAAUGAGGAAAGAAGAUGGAGAUAUCAAAUACGAAGCAGAAUUUGAUGUUCCAGAAGAUUUUGGAGAUGUGGGUGCCGUUUUCGUGGAAAAUGAGCAUUAUUCUGAGAUCUUUCUUCAGGAUAUAGUGCUUGAUGGGUUUCCCCAUGGUCCUGUUAAUAUCACUUCUGCUUCUUGGGUUCACUCCAAGUAUGAUAACAAGCAGAAAAGAGUCUUUUUCACCAGUGAGUCUUACUUACCAUCACAGACGCCGAGUGGAAUAAAGAGGCUACGAGAGGAAGAGCUUAUGUUCUUGCGAGGAAAUGGACAAGGAGAGCGUCAGUUCGGCGAAAGGAUAUACGGUUAUGAUGUAUAUAACGAUCUUGGUGAUCCUGAUAGUAACCCGGACUUUGCAAGACCAGUACUUGGCGGCAAACAACGUCCAUAUCCUAGACGAUGUCGUACUGGACGGCCAAGAUGCGGAACAGAUCCAUCAUCGGAGAAAAGGAAAAGUAACUUCUAUGUUCCUAGAGAUGAAGCAAAGCAACUAACAUUCCCAGCCAAGACUAUAUAUUCAUUACUUCAUGCACUGGCACCAUCAUUAGAAAAUGUGAUUAUUGAUUCUGAACUUGGAUUCCCUUACUUUAAAGCUAUAGAUUCACUGAUCAAAGAAGGGAUUCCUAUGCCUCCCCUUUCAAGAGAGGGCUUCUGGCAAACAAUCAUGCCUCGGCUUUUCAAGGCUAUCACUGAUGGGAAAGGUGUUUUGAGCUUUGAGAGCACACAAACAUCAGAGAGAGAAAAAUUCUUUUGGUUAACGGAUGAAGAAUUUGCUAGGCAAACUAUUGCUGGUCUCAACCCUUGCAGCAUACAAUUGAUCGAAGAAUGGCCACUGAAGAGUAAACUUGAUCCUGAGAUAUAUGGACCGCCGGAAUCAGCAAUUACAACAGAAAUAAUUGAAGCAGAAAUUGGAGGGAUUGUUCAAGUUUGUGAGGCCAUAGAACAAAAGAAGCUUUUCAUCUUAGAUUAUCAUGAUCUGUUGUUACCAUUUGUGAGCAAAGUAAGGGAACUUAACGGCAGAACACUAUAUGGCUCACGGACAGUGCUAUUCCUAACCCCUACUGGCAUAUUAAGGCCCAUAGCCAUUGAGUUGACUCGCCCACCCAUGGAUGGAAAGCCUCAGUGGAAGCAAGUGUACACUAACAGUUGGGAUUCCACAGGUUUCUGGCUCUGGAGGCUAGCCAAAGUACAUGUCCUUGCUCAUGACUCUGGUUAUCAUCAACUUGUUAGUCAUUGGCUAAGAACACACUGCGUGACAGAACCUUAUAUAAUUGCAACCAAUCGGCAACUCAGUGUUAUGCAUCCAAUUUAUAGACUAUUACACCCUCACUUUCGCCAUACAAUGGAGAUUAAUGCUCUGGCUCGAGAAUCACUAAUCAGUGUAGGUGGAAUUAUCGAGUCUUCAUUUUCUCCAGGCAAGUACUCUAUGGAGUUCAGCUCUGUUGCCUAUGAUAAAUUUUGGAGGUUUGAUCAUCAGGCACUACCCAAUGACCUAAUUAACAGGGGCAUGGCUGUUGAGGAUGAAAAGGCUCCGCACGGCCUAAAACUUACGAUUGAAGACUACCCUUUUGCAAACGAUGGUCUAAUUUUAUGGGACAUCAUCAAAAGUUGGAUAACUGACUACGUAAAUCACUACUAUCCUGAACCAGACCUUGUCGCGUCCGAUGAAGAGAUCCAAGCAUGGUGGAGGGAAAUUCGAACUAUAGGACACGCUGACAAAAAGGACGAACCAUGGUGGCCUCAGCUUAGAACACCCCAGGAUCUAAUUGAUUUCGCCACAACUAUGGCAUGGGUAGCCUCAGGUCAACAUGCUGCAGUUAACUUUGGACAAUAUGCAUUUGGAGGUUAUUUUCCUAAUAGGCCUACAAUUGCAAGAAUAAAAAUGCCAAGUGAAGACCCCACAGAAGAAGACUGGAAAUUUUUCUUAGAAAAUCCUGGGGCAGUACUAUUAGCUACUUUCCCUUCAAAGCUUCAGGCAACAAGAGUUGUGGCUGCUUUAAACGUGUUAUCGAACCAUUCUCCUGAUGAGAAGUACAUUGGGGAGGAAAUGGAACCAUCAUGGGCUGAUGAUCCGAUUAUAAAGGCAGCUUUUGAGAAGUUCAGAGGAAGAUUGAAGGAGUUAGAAGGAAUCAUUGAUGAAAGAAAUAAUAACAAGAACUUGAAAAACAGAAAUGGAGCUGGCAUUGUCCCAUAUGAGCUUUUGAAGCCAUUUUCUAAACCAGGGGUUACAGGAAAGGGUGUUCCAUAUAGCAUAUCCAUUUGAAAUCUACAGAGAAACCUACCGCUACUGCUUCUGCUGUGCUCAAAAUUAAAAUUUGCGUACAAUUUUUAUUGUCUUUUCUUUGAAUUGUUGAUAUGAGAAAUAAAUUUGAACCUGAUUGGCAUAA